AUUCCCAGGCAAUGCAGCGGCCCACCACGUUAGGCGUUCUAUUCUCGCGAGUGACAAGGCCAUGGAUAUGCAUCAUCCAUUGGGCGUACAGUAUAUAUGUGUCAGCUUGUCAAGAUCUUGGCUGCUAGGGUUUGCUAGCGCUCUAUGGUAAGGCGGCGGCUGUGAGAAGAGAUCUCGAGCUCGCGAAUCGCCUCGCGCGGUGCACCUCGGCUGCCCUGCAUUGUACAGAUAGGUGAAGGAUCUCGCGGCAGCGAUGGCGGAGACGGCGGGAUUUCUCACAGAUGAGCAGCGCAAGCUGAUGAAAUCGGCGUCGCUGACCCGCGAGAGCUCCGCGGAGCUGCUGUCGCCGAGGGCGGCGUCGGGGAAGCACCACGAGAGGAAAUCGCAUUCGGGGAAGAAUGGGCGACCUAAAAAGGGUGGCAGUGGUGGCAAGGGGACUUGGGGAUCCGUCAUGGAAGAUGGUAGCAAGAGGGUUCUUAUUGAUCGAAACGAUCCUAACUAUGACAGUGGAGAGGAACCAUACCAUCUGAUCGGUGCUCACGUCGCUCAGUCGUUACAAGUGUACAAAGAGAAGGUUGUAUAUAUAGUGGAGGAAUAUUUUGCUACUGGCAACGUCGCGGACGCGGCCACAGAUUUGCGAGACCUCGGCUCGCCGAGCUACCAUCACUACUUCGUCAAGAGGCUGAUUUCCAUGGCGCUGGACAGGCACGACAGGGAGAAGGAGAUGGCGUCGGUUCUACUGUCGGCCCUCUACGCCGACGUGAUGGAGCCGGACCAGUUAGCCAAGGGAUUUACCAAACUGCUCGAGUCGGCGGACGACUUGGCGCUUGACAUUCCGGAUGCUACCGACGUCCUGGCACUUUUUCUUGCUCGAGCAGUGGUGGACGACAUUCUCCCGCCGGCAUUCUUGUCCAAGACGCAGGCUGUGUUACCGGACGGCUCCAAGGGCCUCGAGGUUCUCCAAAACGCCGAGAAGAGCUACCUCAACGCGCCGCUGCAUGCAGAGGUCGUCGAGCGACGCUGGGGUGGCAGUACCCAGACCACCGUCGAGGAAGUGAAGCGCAAGAUCACCGACCUGCUGAAGGAGUACGUGGAGAGCGGGGACCAGGCCGAGGCCCGCCGCUGCAUCCGAGAGCUCAACGUGCCUUUCUUCCACCACGAGGUGGUCAAGAAGGCCCUGACUCUGGUGAUUGAGAAGAAGAGUGCCGAGGCCGGGAUCGUGUCCCUCCUCCAGGAGUGCGCCGACGAGGGUCUCAUCUCCUCCAACCAGAUGUCCAAAGGCUUCUCCCGCGUUUUCGACGCGCUGGAGGACCUCUCGCUGGACGUCCCGCAGGCCCGUGAGAUUCUCGAGGACCUCGCAGCCAAGGCCAUGUCCGCUGGCUGGCUCAGCUCCUCGUUCGUCACUCCCGCUGCUGCUUCUGCUGCUGCUGCUGCCGCCGCUGCUUCCAACGACGAUGGUGCUGCAGCAAACGGUGACACCGCCGUCGACGAUGCUCAUGUCUUCAAGCAGAAGGCCACCGGGAUCAUCCAGGAGUACUUUUUGUCCGACGACAUAGCGGAGGUGGUGCGGAGCCUCGAGGACCUGGCAGCCCCGGACUUCAACGCGGUGUUCGUCAAGAAGCUCAUCACCCUGGCCAUGGACAGGAAGAACCGGGAGAAGGAGAUGGCGUCGGUGCUCCUGUCGGCUCUCUACGCGGAGGUGAUCCCGGUGGGGCAGAUUGGAAAGGCGUUCACGAUGCUGCUCGAGUCGGCCGAGGACACGGCCCUGGACAUCCCGGACGCCGCCAACCAGCUCGCUUACUUCCUUGACCGCGCGGUGGUGGACGACAUACUCCCGCCGCUCUACCUGGAGGAGAUCAACGAGCAGCUGCCGGAGGGGUCUCUGGGAAAAGAGAUCGUCCACUCGGCCGAGUCCAUCCUGGCGGCGCGGCACGCUGGGGAGCGGAUCCUGCGCUGCUGGGGAGGCGGCACGGGCCGCGCGGUGCUGGACGACGCCAAGGACAAGAUUGCCAAGCUGCUCGAGGAGUUUGAGAGCGGCGGCGACAUGGGGGAGGCGUGCCAGUGCGUGCGCGACCUGGCCAUGCCAUACUUCCACCACGAGGUGGUGAAGCGCGCGCUGGUGAUGGCCAUGGAGAGGAAGAGCGCGCGGCCGCUGUGCUUCCUCCGCGAGUGCUCCAGCGAGGGGCUUAUCACGACGAGCCAGAUGGUGAAGGGAUUCGGCAGGGUGGCGGACUAUAUCGACGACCUCGCGCUCGACAUCCCCGACGCCAAGAGUAAGUUCCAGGGGUUCGUGGACGAGGCCAAGGCACAGGGCUGGCUCUCCAGUGCCUUUGGAGGCGCUGCGCAAGCCAAUGGUAGUGCCUAAGUGGUGCGCACUCCCUCUCUCGUUUUUUUUUUCCUGAAAUUAUAUGCUGGUAUCUUUGACUUUUA